AUGUCUCGCCAGUCUGUCUGCAGGAGCUUUGGAGGGGGGAGCCGGAGGGGCUUCAGCUCCUGCUCUGCCUGGGGCUGGGCGGCUCGCAGCCGGAGCAGCUACAGCUCCUACUCCGUGUCCAGGGCUACCGGGGCCGGCGGCCGCUGCGGCGGCUUCGGCAGCAGGAGGCCUUCCACGGGCUGUGGGGGCAGCGCUAGGAUAUGCCGGGGGGGCUGCUACGGGGGCAGGUCGUUGGGCGGCUUCGGCGGCGGCUACGGGGCUCGGCAGCUUCGGGGGCGGGUAUUGGGCGGCGGCAGUAGCGAGGAGCGAAUCUGCGGCUUCGGAGGGCAUGAGGCGGGUGGAGGAUAUGGGCGCUUCGGUGCUGGGUGGGCAGGCUACGGCGGGUGCUAUGGCGCAGGCUUUGGCGGCCCAGGCUUUGGUGGCCCAGGCUUUGUCAUGGGUGGCCCGGGAAGAGCCGGCCCCGGCAUCCAGCCGGUGCAGAUCGACUCGACCCUGCUCCGGCCCGUCCACGUGGAGAUCGACCCCCAGAUCCAGCAGGUGAAGACCCAGGAGAAGGAGCAGAUCAAGACCCUGAACAACCAGUUCGCCUCCUUCAUCGACAAGGUCCGGUUCCUGGAGCAGCAGAACAAGGUCCUCUCCACCAAGUGGGAGCUGCUGCAGCAGCAGGGGCCGUCAGGGCCGAGGAAGGACCUGAGUGUGAUCUUUGAGAGCUACAUCCAGAACCUGAGGAGGCAGCUGGACUCCAUCCUGGCGCAGCGGGGGCAGCUGGAGUCGGAGCUGCAGAACAUGCAGCAGUACGUCGAGGAGUACAAGAGCAAGUACGAGGAGGAGAUCAACCGGCGCACGACGGCCGAGAACGAGUUCGUGGUGCUGAAGAAGGAAUUGGACAGUGCCUACCUGGGGAAAAUGGAGCUGGAUGUGAGGGUGGAAAUCCUGAAGCAGGAGCUGGAAUUCCUGCGCUGUCUGCACGAAGCUGAACGAGCUCAGGUGGAUCGGCAGCUCUGCGACACCUCGGUCAUCGUCAAGAUGGACAACAACCGGGACCUGGACAUGGAGAGCAUCAUCAAGAACGUGGAGUGCUGGUACCAGGAGAUCGCCCAGAAGAGCAAAGAAGAAGUCGACGCUUUCUACCAAACCAGGCUGGAGGAGCUGCACAGCAGCCGGGGCAAGUUCUGUGACGACCUGAGGAACAACCAGAGCGAGAUCGCCGAGCUGAACAGGAUGAUCCAGAAGCUGCAGUGCGAGUCCGACAACGUGAAGAAACAGCGCUCGGGGCUGGAGGCGGCCGUGGCCGAGGCGGAGGAGCGCGGGGAGCUGGCGCUGAAGGACGCCCGGGCCAAGCUGGGGGGGCUCGAGGGGGCCCUGCAACAGGCCAAGCAGGACCUGGCCCGGCAGCUCCGCGAGUACCAGGAGCUCAUGAACGUCAAGCUGGCCCUGGACAUCGAGAUCGCGACCUACAGGAAGCUGCUGGAGGGGGAGGAGAGCCGGCUCAGCGGGGAGGGACUGAACCCCAUCAGCUACUCUGUGAUCAGCUCCAGCUCCAGCCUGGCCGGCGGGGCCGGCCUGGGAGGAGGAUUUGGUGGACUGAGCCUGAGCGGGGGCGGCGGGAGCGGUUUCGGCCUCGGAGGAGGAGGUGGAAGCGGGUUUGGCCUUGGAGGAGGAGGUGGAAGCGGGUUUGGCCUCGGAGGAGGAGGUGGAAGUGGUUUUGGCCUUGGAGGAGGAGCCACCAUGAGCCGGAUCUCUUUCCGAUCAUCCACCGGAGGGGGCAUGAGGGGCUUCAGCUCGGGCUCUGCCAUCGUGGGAGGCGGUGGCGGGGGCACCAGGAGCAGCUUCAGCUCCGUCUCCGUCUCCAGAUUCGCCUCCUUCAUCGACAAGGUUCGCUUUUUGGAGCAGCAGAACAAGGUGCUGGAGACCAAGUGGAGCCUCCUCCAGGAGCAGGGGCACACGGUCACCAGGAAGUCCCUGGAGCCCCUGUUCGAAGCCUACAUCGGCAACCUGCGGAGGCAGCUCGACAGCCUGGUGGGCGAGCGGGGCCGCCUGGACUCCGAGCUCAGGAACAUGCAGGACAUGGUGGAGGACUUCAAGAACAAGUACGAGGAUGAGAUCAACAGGAGGACCAUCGCCGAGAACGAGUUCGUGACGCUCAAGAAGGAUGUGGACGGUUCCUACAUGAACAAGGUGGAGCUACAAGCCAAGGCAGACGCUCUGACCGAAGAGAUUAAUUUCCUGAGAACCCUCUACGAGGCCGAGCUGUCCCAGAUGCAGACCCAGAUCUCCGACACCUCGGUGGUGCUGACCAUGGACAACAACCGGAACCUGGACCUGGACAGCAUCAUCUCCGAGGUGAAGGCGCAGUACGAGGACAUCGCCAACCGCAGCCGCGCCGAGGCCGAGUCCUGGUACCAGACCAAGUACGAGGAGCUGCAGGCCACGGCCGGCAGGCACGGGGACGACCUGAGGAACACCAAGCAGGAGAUCUCCGAGCUCAACCGGCACGUGCAGCGGCUGCGCUCCGAGAUCGACAGCGUCAAGAAGCAGGUGAGGAAGGGGCAGAAAACCCCCCGGCUUCAAACAGCUUAA